AUGAGCUCCCCGGAUUUCUACCAUAAUGUUCGUGUUUCCCAGGCAUCUCUUAAGGCUCAGGACGUUCGUCUCCAGCUAGCCGAGUACAAGGCCCACAAGGCCCACGUUGACGAGUAUAAGCUUGACAUUCACCACCAUCUCUUGGACUUGGACCUGAAAACAAGACCAAACUUGCACUUGAUCCAGCAGCAGCCCGAGAUUAAUCUUCGCAUGAGACCGCUUUUGCUUGAUUUCUUGAUGGACGUGAUCAACAAGCUCAACUUGUCCAAACUGACCUUCCCACUUACCGUCAAUAUCAUUGACCGCUACUGCUCGGUCCGCAUUGUCAAGAAGCAGCAUUACCAGCUUCUAGGCUUGACGGCGCUUUGGAUUGCUUGCAAGAACUUGGACUCCAAGUUUAGGAUUCCAAGUCUCAAUGACUUGUGCAAUUGUUUUGGAGAUGGAAACCACGUGUUGAAGCUGUUGGGCUGGCUCGUGGAUGCUCCUACUUUUGAUGGCUUUGUCGACUUGUACAUUAAUGCCUUGGCCCUGUCUCAUUUCUUAGCAGGUUCUAAGAACCCCCACAAGGCAUGCAAUGAUGUCAAGAUUGUUGCCAUUUACAUUUGUGAGCUUAUCCAGUUUUAUCCAAACAUCUACUUUAACUAUUCUUCUCCGAAGAUUGCCCUCAUGAGUGUCUUGCUUGCCUGUCUCAUACUAAACACAAGCAACGACUUCACCACCCAUGCUUUCUUGACCUACGUUGCCGUGGAGACCGAGGUGCCCAUUGUCAACCACUCCACUUACAACCUGGCGUUUAGUUUGCUCAUUAAAGUGCUCAAGUGCCCUCCACCCUCGCUUAAGACCAAAUACUUCAACGAGGACCUGCGUUUCUUGAACCUCAUGAAGCAGCUUGUUGCUUUCACAUGGAAGCACUUGGCCCCCAACUCGGUCUUCUCCCACACUGGCGCUGCUCCAACAUCCAGCGACUGUGGUGUGAUUGAGUUGAACACUCCAGUGUCCAGAGACGAGCCAUCUUCUCGUUCUCCUACUGGCAGUAUUGGCGGCCUGGUGACUCCCCAAUUCUACCCUGCAACACCAAUCUCCUCGAGCAUCAGCCCGAAGAACGGCGAAGUUAACAACUUCCUGUCCUGCGAGCCUCCCACCAUGACUCGUCCAGCGUUGACCCCUCAGGUUUCUGCUCCUGCUACAGCUACUACAACCUCUCAACCUGGCACAUACGCUAAACCGUUUGGAUUGCAUGCAUUGCUGCCACGUUCACAAAGAACAUUACCGUCGCCCAACCUUCUGCCUGCCGAGCUGGACAGAGCCAUGUUUGGCGGUAAGAGGAGCUACGAACAGGCACAUGCGCCUGGCGUGAAGCGUUCCAAGAGCAUGAGCAAAGCUGUGUUUUACAUUCACUAA